AUGACAGCACAACCAAGAACAUUAUAUGAUAAGGUGUUUGAAGAUCACAUAGUUCAUAAGGACGAAUCGGGGUCAUAUUUAAUUUACAUAGAUAGACAUCUUGUGCACGAAGUUACGUCGCCACAAGCAUUCGAAGGAUUGAGCAAUGCGGGUAGAACGGUCAGAAGAACCGACUGUACAUUAGCUACGGUUGAUCACAACAUUCCUACCAGCUCCAGAGCUAAUUUCAAGGACAUUGAUACAUUUAUCGAGCAAGACGACUCGAGGUUACAGGUGAAGACAUUGGAACAGAAUGUGAAGGAUUUUGACGUCACAUACUUCGGUAUGAGCGACGAAAGACAAGGUAUUGUGCAUAUUGUUGGUCCGGAACAAGGAUUUACGUUACCAGGUACCACUGUGGUGUGUGGUGACUCGCAUACUUCUACACACGGUGCGUUUGGUUCAUUGGCAUUUGGUAUUGGUACUUCGGAGGUCGAGCACGUCUUGGCCACGCAGACUAUCAUCCAGGCCAAGUCUAAGAACAUGAGAAUUCAGGUUAACGGUGACUUAGCUCCGGGUAUAACCUCGAAGGAUUUGGUUUUACACGUCAUCGGUGUAAUUGGUACUGCUGGUGGUACCGGUUGUGUCCUUGAGUUUGCUGGUAAGGCCAUUGAAGGUUUAUCUAUGGAAGCUAGAAUGUCCAUCUGUAAUAUGGCAAUUGAAGCUGGUGCCCGUGCUGGUAUGAUUAAGCCAGACGAAAUCACUUUCAAUUACAUCAAGGGCAGACCUUUAGCUCCAAAGGGUGAACAAUGGGACAAGGCUGUUUCGUACUGGAAAACCUUACAUUCAGACGAAAAUGCUAAGUUUGACUAUGAUAUUCAAAUCGAGGCUGCUGAUAUCGUCCCAACUAUCACCUGGGGUAACUCUCCUCAAGAUGCUUUACCUAUCACCGCUAAGGUUCCUGAUCCAUCCACAGUCUCUGACCCAAUUGUGAAAUCUGGUAUGGAAAGAGCAUUAAAAUACCAAGGUUUAACUCCAAAUACCCCAUUAAAGGAUAUUAAGAUCGAUAAGGCAUUCAUUGGUUCUUGUACCAACGCACGUAUUGAAGAUUUAAGAGCAGCCGCUAAAGUUGCUAAGGGACAUAAAAAGGCCGAUAACGUCAAAUUAGUAUUAGUCGUUCCAGGUUCCGGUUUGAUUAAGACUCAAGCUGAGAAAGAAGGUUUACACAAAAUCUUUGAACAAGCAGGAUUUUCUUGGAGAGAAGCCGGUUGUUCGAUGUGUUUAGGUAUGAAUCCAGAUAUCUUAGAUCCAGAAGAAAGAUGUGCAUCUACUUCGAACAGAAAUUUUGAAGGUCGUCAAGGUGCCGCUUCUAGAACUCACUUAAUGUCUCCAGCUAUGGCAGCAGCAGCUGCUAUCAAGGGCCACUUCACUGAUAUUCGUGAAUUCGACUACGAUAACACCGAUGAGCCAUCUGUUUCUAUUGGAUCAGACGAAGACCAAGCAUUACAAGACGCUGUUUACGAACACGAAAAGCAAUCUACCGAUGAUUCCGCUUCUAUUAUGGAUGAGCAACUAAACGAUAUUCCAAGAGAACCACAAGCUAAGAAAUCGAAGGUCGGGAAUACCAUCUCUACAGUUGGUGGUAUGGACAAAUUUAAUGUUCUUACCAGUAUCACUGCUCCUUUAGAUAAGGCCAAUGUCGACACCGAUGCUAUUAUUCCAAAGCAAUUUUUGAAGACAAUUAAACGUACUGGUUUAAAGAAUGGUUUAUUCUACGAAGCUAGGUAUGUCAAAGACCCAAUAACUGGAAAAGACGUCGAAACUGACUUUGUAUUAAACACUGAUCCAUACCGUAGUGCCGAAAUUUUAUUAGUCACUGGUGAUAACUUCGGUUGCGGUUCCUCAAGAGAACACGCUCCUUGGGCAUUAAAGGACUUCGGUAUCAAGUGUAUGAUUGCUCCAUCAUUCGGUGAUAUUUUCUACAAUAACUCGUUCAAGAACGGUUUAUUACCAAUUAGAAUUCCUCAAGAUGUUAUCAUGUCUAAGUUAUACCCUAUGGCCACUGCUGGAAAGAAAUUGACUGUCGAUUUACCAAAUCAACAAAUCAAGAACAGCGAAACUGGAGAAGUUUUAGUCGAUAACUUUGAUAUUGAAGAAUUCAGAAAACAUUGUUUAAUAAAUGGGUUAGAUGAUAUUGGAUUAACUUUACAAAAGGAAGAAUUCAUUACUAAAUAUGAGGCUAUUAGAAGAGAUAAAUUUUCAUUCUUAGAGGGAGGCUCGAAAUUAAUCAAACCAGUCAAGGGCGCUAAGAAGUCCGUCUAUGGGCUUAAAACACAAGAAUGGUAA